CGUGCCUAUCUUGCCUUUUUGUGUUGUGAAUGGUUUUGGCAUCUCUGCAAUCUACGUCGAUUCAGAUCACAACACGAAACUGUAAUGGAGAAAUUUUGAAAAAUCGGGUCUUAUAUCGUGUCGAGUAACAGUUCGAAAAUGUGCCACGAGUGGUGCUGAAGCUAUUUCCCUCAUUCCUUCCUUUCUGUCUUUCUUUGUUUACGCCAGCAAGUCACGGAUCGUUGUUAGUUUUCCGAUAGAUAAUAGAGCGGAAUUUCGGGUUCGCGAUUGGCCAUGUAAGUUACGUCGUACACAAAGUACGCUCCAUAGGGAAUCAGCCUGACCAUCGAGGGUUAAUUGAAAAAAAUUUCCUAGCCAAAUUUGUUUGUAUAAAUUUACAUAAAUAAAUAACCGUCAAACGUUUAGAAUAGUCCAUCAUUCACUAACAAAUGACCAGCAAACGAUAGCGAAAAAAAUUAAUUCGAUCGGUCGUGAUGAGGGGCUAACUAUAUGGUGCUCAGCGCACCAUUGAGUACCUCUGGCGGUUGGCAGUAAUAUCGAUAAAGUCACAAAUUGCACAAAACUAGCUUAUCUGAAGAGUAAAAUUGCUAAUCGAUUUAUCAUACGUCAACAAUUUUGUCAUGCAAAUCUGUAUUACCGACUUUAUCAGAAGGCGUGAGUCGUGAAUCGCGUAAAAAAAUUUAUCAAUUCCCACAAGCUUAAGAGCUUUGGGCGUUUUCGUUGGAACAUGUGGCCGCUUGCCAAUUUUAAUAUAGAAGUAACUUAAGCGCAAAUUUCCACCCAAGAAAAUACUUUAAUAAAGAGAAUCUUUGUUCUGAGAUCUCUUGGAAACUUAGAAAUCUUUCUUUCUAAUUACGGCAGUAAAUUUCGCGAAGACUUGUUGAUUUUCCACACGCGCCACUACCGAUCGUUAUAUCAACCAUUUAAGUCCUGAAAUCCUCUAAUUUCCACAUGAGUGAUAACUCCUACGCAAAAAUGAACAUGAUCAAUGAUCCUAAAGACGGUGAGUGCUGAUAUUACUGAUAUUACUACAAUCAAUGGCACUACAGUGAAGUUUAUGCAAACAAACAUGUACACUCAAUAAACUUUUUCACUAUCGUAGCCAAGACCAUUGACCAAUAAUUAAUUCAAAACAGCAAAAUCGAAUUUUUCCAAACCUAUUUGCGAAUAAUAUUUGCCAAUCAAACGUUUAAUAAGUUUACCUGUUAGUCAUUGCCAUAGAGUCAUUUAGAAAUUGCAAAUUUGCGUUCUCUAAGUUAUACAGAAUUUCAAAUGAAAGAUAAUAAAUGGAGACUCGCUUUUUUACCGGACGGUAAAUGAUUGUUGUUACCGACGAUCAUGUACCGCUGCGAUUCCGGAAUGGGAAUGACGCUUUGAAACGGAAGAGGAAUGGAAAGGAGAGAAGCAUGGCGGUUACAGGUGGUUGCUCGACGGUCGACACUCAGAAGGCCGAACGAGCGCGACGGUACGGACUAAAGUCUUCCUUCCUUCCUUCCUUUCCUUACGGCUGCCCCCUCCAAUGAGGAGAUGUGCCAGACGAACUACAGCCAAAAAGGAAAAAGGCGACUUGGAAUGGAAAGAAAAAUGUGAUAGGUGGUCAAGUGGAGUGAAGAAAGAAAAGGAUGGCGUGGUUCGAUUAAAAAUCCGAGCUGGGAGAUCCAAGUCGACCUAUAUAAAUUUAAAAAAUGAGUGAACGAUACGAGUGGCGAAUACCAAGCGAAUCGCCCCAUCGCUAUUUCUCCUUGAAUACCAAAUGAUCAUGCGUCUUCUGAAAUUCUCUUAUUUCUCAAGGGCAGACAUUUUCUUUCAUACAAAUUUUCGUCACUAAUUUUUCUUACCCAAUAAUUUAUCCUUCAAGGAAUCAUGUAUGUACUAUCAAUUGGAUUACUUAUUUAGCCAUAUAAAAGUACUCAUUAAAUACGGCGAGUCCAAAAUAAACAUUGAAAAGGUUUAAGGGCAGUGAAGAUGGAUUUUGUAAUUGCCCGAAUGAAGAGGUAAAUAUGAAAGAUUACAAAAUUUGUGAGUAUGUAAUUCAUAACGACGUGAAAUGUCUGAAUGAAUGCCAAGGAAGCUGUAUAAAGUGUAAAGGUGCGCAAGCUAGCUCGUACUUACUUACCACCCCCUAUACGAUACCGGGGGUAGUUCGGAGCUUGCGGCGCCACUUGGCAGCGUCGCAAGCACCCUCGUUCCCGGUUUAGUCAGUCGUGCGAGAAGCGAGAGUCGUGCAAGCUCGCGAAUUUCCGCGCUCGCGUAAACCUCUCACCGAUCGUACUCUCGGUUCCACCUAUUUGCGUGAACAAAAAAAUGACACCGCACGACGUUCUACCUCCUUGGCCGUCUUCCCUUGCAAGUGAUUGUGCAAAGGUCACGAGGUAAAUAAAAGAGCACAAACCUCAUCGGAAGAUCCAUGGGAAUCACGAGGAACUUCACGGUCAAGAUCGACGACAAAGCUAUCGAGCACUUCGUCGCUCAUUGCGCUGGAUGACUAUGGAAUAUAAUAAGGACGAUACGACGCUCUGUGUUCUGGGCUAAUCGAUCGCGUGUAAUGCGCCGUCUAGGAGGGUCGUCGCGACGCCGUGAAUCCGAUCGACGGAAAGAGAGAGAGGAGGCACGAUAAUAAACAAGUCAAGAGGGAUGUCGUUAAAACAGCAACAAAAAGACAUUUCGCUACUUUUUCCCAUUUUCGAGUGUUCUCAAUCUUCGUCCACCAACUUGAUCAUUCUCAUCACGCUGAUUCACUUUCUCGUAUCUUAUAGGAGUGGGAGACCAUUGGAAGUGCGAUUGGCGGUGGAAUCGGCAAGAGUGAAGAGCGAUGGGCUGGGCGCUUACCGGUGUCGGAGUGGCUGUUGCCAUUGUCCUUGUUGCCGGCGCUGCUCUUGGUCUUUGUAGAAGAUACUGCGCCGGCUGGCAGUGGAGAAGCAGGAACGUGUGGAGCAUUUGUGAGGAAUGGCGGCAUCGGUUGUCCUGGCUUUGGGCGCCGCGGGAGGAGAAGGUCGGCUUGGUCAAGGCUCAGCAUCCGACAGCCCAAACAGUCCCAGGACUCUAUCGACAGACGGGAAACACGUCCCAGUAUCUUCUGCACAGUGAAAGUGACCUUAGGCUGGACGCCCAGGGAGCUUUUACUAGGUUCGAAGCCGUCGAUCGAGAUCUUCAUCCACCCUUAAGUGGGGGUAGUACUAUUCCACCACAACCGUUAAGGCCUGCUCCACAACCAAGACCCACCCCAAGACCCAGGCCAUCUCCGUUGCAAGCCCCAAGCGCUGUGGAAUAUCUGAGAAUGCAGGAAGCAGGACCUGGACCACUGACGCCACCACCUCAGAUACGGCCUCCGCAAGUAUCACGGUUCUCGGGUCCACCUGGACAAGGUUCCUCCAUCUUUGUCUUUGAGAACGAACCACAUAAGGUUCAUGGGCCAUCGCGGUAUGAGGGUUAUUCCACAAAAAUUACUCCGGAGGCUAUACAGAUGACGUCGUACACCAGGAAGCCAGAUCACGUCGUUCAAGACUUUCAGAAUGGGUAUGAAGCUCAAGAGGGCCCCGAUAGGACAUUUGGCCAAUUCAGUUCAUCCCACGAGGACACACAGAGUGUCAGGUACAGCGUUCAGGGUUCCUUAAUGUCUCAGAAUGUCAUUCACGGCCCUGGUGAAAUUGAGCAGCAACCUUAUGGUAGCUACGACAUCGCCCAAAGAAGUCACAAUGGUUCCCAGCAAUUUCGUCAGGUCAGAAGCGACUGCAGAAACUCCUCUGGAACUAUUGGAAGUUUUACCAACGAGAACUCAAACACAACUCAGACAAUCAUGGAGUCUAUCUAUGGGUCGCAUUCUGUCUCCAAGAUGCUUCAGAGCAAUCAAAAAUCCAGUGCCGGAAAUGUCAAUCAGGGAACGAGCAAUGUCCAGGGUAUCGAGAUGACACCUUUUAGAAAUUUAAACGACGCUAACUCUGCCUACGGUGUACAAUCGAGUCCCUCUAAGAACCAAGGGCUCCAAAGGGCCUCUCAGUAUACAGAAAAUGUGCCAGAGUCCGGCAUUUAUGAAGCCAAAGGUGACCACGCUGGCAUCCAAAAUCAUGAACCGAAUUUAUACGCUGGCCAGGGGACUAUGUUAGGUGGACAACUUAGAGAUGCUCGGGUACCUCCUCCGGCACCACCGGAUCCUUCAAAUUCUGCUCAAAACGUAAGGAAGAAUGGUCCCACAACCGGCGAAAGAAUUUUCAACGCUCUGAGAUCAGUCACGUCUCAAAGUUACAUUGACGCAUCCGAAUUUUAUAAUUCGGUAUUAACGUCAGCUCAGCAAGUUCAGCGGUUCACUUUCCCACCUGUAACAAGAUACACUGGCAUGGAUAAUGAGAAUACUGGGACUAAUGCAAAGCUCGAGCCUGGAUCCGUAAUGGAGAAUGUUGCAGAUGGUCGUUACCUUGGAAGGGAUUCCGAUUCCAUUGGUAUAGAUAAUGCCAGAAGAAGCUCCGACCUUUACAGUCCGGAAUUGAAUCUCGAAGCACACAGAACUGCGCAGGAGGUAUACAACAGCCUUCAGGAUCCACCAUCUUCGCCAUUGCUGCUGAAGGAUCUCAGUCAGGAACCGCAUCCUUAUCAUAUGGAUCCAAGUUUCACCAGAACGUCCGAGGACAUCUUCAACAGUAUCGAGCAAAGAAGAAAGAGCAUGGAGAGGCUAAAUGGACUUCGAGAAUUAGUAGAAAUGGAUGUGACUGAACCUGCAAGAGCUUUAAUCCUGAUCAGCCCCCUUUUGAGCAGAAGACGUAGCAGUCAGGAUCUGUACGCAGCGCUGGAAGAAGUGCAAAUGAAAAGAAGACUCUCUCAGUCGUUGGAAGACACGUACACGGGAUACACGUCCAACGAAAGUGGAGAAAUGACUCCGAGCAGUCGACGCGGUUCUCAGGGGCCUGAACCUGAGCCACCGCCUGACGAAUCGACCCUGAAGAGGGCUGUCAGCUGUGAAAGUGUUUGUUCGGACACCAGUGUGGUUCUUGGAGACCUGGAGGAGACCCCAAUCGUAGGUCACGUGUGCGUUGGCCUCGAGCACGAAAGAUGGAAUGGUCGUGGAGCCGAAGGAGAGGGUGAUCUGUCCGUCAGCGUAUUGGAGGCUAGGGAUUUGAUAGCUCCUGACGGUGGACCAGCUCAGGAUACCUUUGCCAGGGUUUGCUUGCUACCGGAUAGACAAACGUACGUACAAACUAGACUGUAUAGAGGAACACCCUCGCCGAGUUACCAAGAGAAGUUCGUGUUUCCGUUGGAUGGUGGACCUGUCGGUAGGACCCUCCUGGUUGAGGUGUUCUCAGUGGAGGUGACCAUGGGCGGUGGAGCUUCAUUAUUAGGUGAGGCUAGUCUCAAAUUAGGUCCUGCACCAAGACCACCAGCUACGACCUGGUUGUCGCUUAAUGGACCCCCUCUGCCCACACCUAACUUAGGAGAGCUCAUGUUCUCAUUGAGCUACUUACCCACGGCUGAGAGACUGACUCUAGUCGUGGUAAAAGCAAGAAACCUUCGUGGAUCGCAUCCGUUACCUGGUGAUUUCUUCGUCAAGGUGUAUCUGUUGCAACAAGGGAAGAAAAUGCAUAAGAAAAAGACUUCCGUGAAGAGGGGUGAAAAGAGUCCAAUCUUCAAUGAAGCCAUAAUUUUCAGUGUGCCUGCUCACGCCUUACAGACUAUUCAGCUGAGAUUGACAGUAGCGGAAGCAACGGGCGAACCAGGUACGGGUUCAAAGGCUUAUUCAGUGGGUCACGUGAUAGUCGGUUCCUCAGCUUCCGGCCGAUCCUUAGCUCACUGGAGACAAAUGUUGGCAGUCCUGAGACGUCCCGUGGCUAUGUGGCAUCCUCUAAGAAAAUAGCUCAUGGAGAUACAUCAAGUGAGACUCCUCCCCAAGUAGAUAGAAGCCCUUGAACGAAGUACCGAGAGCAAAGUGCACUCUUUGACAAAUGAAAUAAAAGUAACAGAAGACCUGCGAGAGAAUGGGGCGGAGAAAGUAAGAAAGUUAGCAAGAAAAGAAAUUGGAGACAAGGGUGCAUCGCUCCUAUAAAAGAAGAAUCUCCUGUUAUCUCGAGAGCAUUCACGAGAUAGGGAUAAAGGAAAAUAUCAUUUUAACUAGAGUUUAGUAAAGGUUCAAGGGUAGACUGGCACAAUAUCGAUAAUUCGUAUGACGUUCGUGUAACGUAUUAUCGCGGAAAAUUCCCCCUCCCAAGUUAACGUUUAACGGUAAUAAUAAUAACAAUAUAAAUAACAAUAAUAAUAAUGUUCGAAUACGAGGAUACAUAACCUCGGGCGUUCACAGAAAAUCUUACGUACUUUGCGACAAUUAUUGAUGUUCAUCAUCACAGACUGAAGUCUACCUUGAAUUGAUAUCAAAAAGAGAUUCAUCGGCACAAAAGGCAAAAAAAGAACGAUCGUUAGGUUCUAUCGUUGACCUUCGCUCUGUAGAUUGCCGACAGAGCGGGUUUGGAAAAAAAAACAAGGGAACCAAUCAGGAGUAAAUGAAAGUUGAUGAAUGAUUUUCUUUGGAAUGCAGCGUAUUGCACUUGCGAGUGCAUUUGUGUUGCAUUUGUGCGUGCGCGUGUCCGUCCCUUGGGCGUGACUGCUGAGAAACAAGGCGCAUCGAUCGGAUAAUGGAUAUCGAGGCGGGAAAGGUCUUGUUUUUUGAAGAAAGAAAGGAAUUAUAAGUGCUCUUCCCCGUAUAAACCGAGGAGCACAGAAAUUUGGACUUGUUCGAUUCUCUCGCGAAUAUAGAUAAACCACGUGGGAGGAAGGGACAAUCGAUCCUCUUGAGGUCCUCCCCGGGAGCGCAGCUAAAUGCUGGAAAUUCACGUUUGGUGUUUUAAAUGCUAAGGGUAAAAGAAACAAAGAAAAAAGGAUAAUAUAAUGAAAAAUGUAACAUUGUUAUUUCCAAUGGAAUGUUAACGUUUGUACAGAGUUUAUUGAUUGUGAUUGUAGUCAGCGUACAACGUGUCUUCUGAUUCGACGUUAAAAACUGGCGUUUACAAGAAACUUCAUAAUUUUCUUAUUUCUAUUUUCACUUACCACGAGCGACCGAGUAGCCAACGACUUCGCUUGCGCGAUCUUCCUCCGUGUCUUCUUCAAUUUACUUCUAUCUCAUUUCUUUCGUUCAAUCAACACGUCAUCUCGCGACAGCUUAAAACAAUCGACUGGAGACCCGUCGCCAACUUCACUUCGAUGAAAUUCGAAAACGAUCAACGAGAAUUCCCGCAAACGAUUUCUCACUUGAUCUCGAUCGAUCCCGAUAGAAAAAAAAAAAGUGAAUUAAUUCCAACAACACAAACACAGCUCAGAUCGAACAAAAGAUUACGAGCCAAUUGAUUGAACCCUCGCCUACACACACACACACACACGCACAUAUAUAUAUAUAUAUAUAUAUGUGUGUGUGUGUGUAUAUGCAUAUGUAUAUACAUAGAGUUAUUCAGUAGAAAUGCACCAGCCGAAGUUAGCGCGCCCAUUUCAGUCUUAUGGUGAAGCCAUGUUCAGGUGGUGCGUUUGGGCUGAACAACCUGGUAUACAUUUUAGUCUACUCUAAUAGUUAUCUACCUUCGUAUAACUUUUAUACCUCUUCGUACACGAUUACUACGAGAAAAUUUAAAAAAGGACAAAAAAUCUUGACAAUUAUAAAAUAUACAAAGUUGUCUACAAGGCGUAUUAUUAAAAGUGACAAAAGGAAAGAAAGAAAGAAAAGAAUAUGGGAAAAUUAACGUUUUACAUGCUACUAUACAUUUUUGCCAUAAACGCGAACUUUCAACAAUCCAUAUUAUAUACAAAAACACGAUCAUAUAUAAAUAUACGUGUAUACGUUACACACCAAUUAACGUGUGUGUGUAUAUAUAUAUAUAUACACACAAUGUAUCUAUAUAAUUAUAAAGAUAAUUCAGGUUUUUUCUAUCGCCAAUAAUUAUGGGACUAAACUAUGCUGGAUUCAUAUUCUCCUCCUCCAUAUAUGUAUAUAUAUAUGUAUAUAUAUAUAUAUAUAUAUAUAUAUAUAUUUACUAUAUUAAUAUAUUCGAAGUGACUGCGACCGGAAUGAAUUAUAUAUAUAUAUAUACAGUAUGUUUGUACCAAAUACCCAAGAACACAAUGCAUUAAUAUUUACAUUGUGUUUAUGCGCGUAUAAGAUAAAACGCUCGAGACGGUAAGAAUAAUCACAAACACACUGUUGUACGUCAGGCACAAAAGUGAAUCUUUUAUUAUUUAUAUAUAUAUAUAUAUAUAUAUAUAUAUAUAUAUAUACAUAUGCCAGGUACUUCCGAUAUUACGCGUACCGUGCAAUUGCGAGCGGGUGAAAAACAAGACAAAAGCAGAAGAAAAUGGGGAUCCUUUGUUUUGACCUCUUAUACCGAAUUGUCUUUGGUGGCUUGAGGGUUGCGUAAUGGGAAUACGUCUGGAAGCGAAGGAAAAAAGAUGAAAAAAUGUGGGAUUGAAG